AUGCGCUCGCGCCUGACGCCGCCGCUUUUGUUUGUGGUGCUUAUACCAGCUCUGCUGUUCCAAGCCAUCGGCUCGUCUUUCAAGAUCUCCGAGUUUGCCGAGCUGUGGAUUGUGCCUGUCGCAGCCAUCAUCCACACCGUGAUCGGGCUCGGGCUGGGAUGGCUGACUGUGGCGGUGAGCAAGCCGCCGGCGCACUUCCGGACCAUGUCUAUCCUCUCUGUCGUUCUCGGCAAUGCCGGCAAUCUGCCGCUCUCACUGGUGGCAUCGAUGGCGACCACUGAGGUCUUCCGCGACCAGCCUGACGCCGAGACUGAGGGCGUCAAGAUCAUCUCGCUGUACAUGAUCGUCACCUCGCUAGUUCUGUGGAUGGUCGGCUAUCCGCUGAUGGGUCUGAGCAAGAACAAGUCGCCGAUGUCGGGCUCUGAUGAGGAGGACGCGAGCGGCAAGCUGCUCACCGAGUCGAGCGAGGCGACGUCUCGCUACUCGGUCCGGAGCACAAGCUCGAUCGAGUACAGCACCGAGUCCGAAGCUCAAGAGGCGGCGUCAUCGACAAGCUCGCCCUCGGCAUCGACGUGCCUCUCGUCGGCCACAGGGACGACGAUCCUUGUCGACACGAGUAUGACCCAUCUUCAGGCACCGUCGCCUGCGUACAAGCCGCGGCCCACCCACGGGGCUUGCGGUCAAGUCAAGGCGCUGCGUCGGCACUGGUUGGAUCUCAAGGUUGCCCAUCCCUGGUUUGCCUUUGUCUGCGACAAGGUGUUCACUCCGCCGGUGGUGGCGGUCAUCCUCGGCCUCGUUGUUGCCGCCAUCGAGCCGCUGGCCGACACCAUGUUUGGCGAGGACAAAGCGCUGCGUCCUGUUGGCCGGUCGGCCGUGAUCAUGGGCAAUGGCGUUGUUGGGCUCUCGAUGCUAAUUCUUGGGGCGUCGCUGGCGGCGGUCUCGAUUGGCAAGAGCGCCAAGCGCAUCUCACGGCUCAACAUUGCGCUGCUUAUCUUUGUCCGCAUGGUCGUCUUUGCCGCCAUUGGCAUCGGCCUGCUAUAUGUCUUUGUCUGGCUUGACGUUGUCGACGUCAAGAACAAGAUGCUACUGUUCAUUCUCAUGGUCCAAACCGCGGUUCCCACCGCUCAAUCGACGGUCAUCAUCGUCGAGCUUCACGGCGGCAACGCCGGCGAUGUCUCCACCCUACUGUUCUUCAUGUAUCUCGCCUCGGUCCCUAUCCUCACCUGCUCCAUCGCACUGCAGCUGUAUGUCAUCGAGUCCAUUCAGUAA